AUGACGGCCUCAGUUCGUUCUUUCAACCCUCCCCAGUCCAUAGCCGAACGGCUGGCUGAACCUCGCUCCUACUACAACACUCCUCGCAGCCUUCCAGAUCUCCCCGAGCCACAGAAAGAGACCGAGGAUCCGACUGCUACGCCUCCUCCACGACAGCCGCCCCAACUGUCUGCUGCAUACACUAGGGUGCCCAAGGCGACAUACAACGAAACCAAGAUGGAGGGCGGCAUUACUUUCCGCCACCAGGACAAGCUGCCGAAGCUGCCCAUUCCCGAGCUCGAGAACACGGCCAAGAGAUACCUCGAAGCCCUCAAACCGCUCCAGUCUCCUAGAGAGCAUGCCGAAACACAGCAUGCCGUCAACGAGUUUCUCAGAGAAGAAGGUCCUGAUUUGCAGGAGAAGUUGAAGAGAUAUGCGCAGGGCAAGACGAGUUACAUUGAACAAUUUUGGUACGACUCGUAUCUCAACUUUGACAACCCCGUAGUGCUCAACCUUAACCCUUUCUUCCUUCUGGAAGAUGAUCCGACCCCAGCAAGAAACAACCAGGUGACCCGCGCUGCCUCCCUUGUUGUAUCCGCACUGGAGUUUAUCAGGGCUGUGAGAAAGGAAGAACUGCCGCCAGACAAGGUCAAGGGAACCCCUCUCUGCAUGUACCAGUUCUCACGUCUCUUUGGCACAGCCAGAGUCCCCACCGAAGCCGGCUGUCAGAUUGAGCAGGACCCCGAGUCAAAGCACAUCGUCGUCAUGUGCCACGGCCAAAUCUAUUGGUUCGACGUCCUCGACGACAACUCGGAUGUCAUCAUGACUGAGAAGGACAUUGAGCUCAAUCUCCAGACCAUUGUCGAUGAUGCUUCCCAGAUCCCUAUCCAGGAUGCGGCAAAGAACGCCCUUGGAGUGCUCAGCACCGAGAAUCGCAAGGUGUGGUCUGGCCUACGAGAUAUUCUUCUCCGCGAGCCGGGAUCCAACAAUGCCGAUUCGCUGAGCAUCGUCGACUCUGCCCUGUUCGUCCUGUGUCUCGACUAUACUGAGCCCACUACCGUUGCGGCUCUCUGCCAGAACAUGCUAUGCGGUACCAGCGAGGUCAAGAACGGAGUCCAAAUCGGCACAUGCACCAACCGCUGGUAUGACAAGCUUCAGAUCAUUGUCUGCAAGAAUGGCAGCGCGGGAAUCAAUUUUGAGCAUACCGGUGUCGACGGCCACACAGUGUUGCGGUUUGCCAGCGACGUCUACACAGACACCAUCCUUCGCUUCGCGCGCACCAUCAACGGACAAGCAAUGACUCUUUGGGCGUCGACCAGCCCCGACCCGACCAAGCGAGACAUUGAGAGCUUUGGAGAUGUCAAUACCACCCCGCGAAAGCUCGGCUGGGACAUGGUUCCUGAACUCAGGAUCGCGGUGCGCUUCGCCGAGACCAGGCUGGCAGACUUGAUUGAGCAAAACGAGUUCCAGUGUCUCGACUUCUCCACCUAUGGCAAGCAUUUCAUCACCUCGAUGGGCUUCUCCCCUGAUGCCUUUGUUCAAAUGGCGUUCCAGGCAGCGUACUAUGGGCUGUACGGAAGGGUCGAGUGCACUUACGAGCCUGCCAUGACCAAGACCUUCUUGCAUGGCCGCACGGAGGCCAUCCGGCCCGUGACGGAGGAAUCGGUCGACUUUGUCCAGACCUUUUGGGCCGACAACCCUCUCGAGCGCAAGGUCGAGGCUCUCAAGCGUGCAUGCGUCAAGCAUGUAAACAACACCAAGGAAUGCGCAAAGGGCCAAGGAUGCGACAGACAUCUGUACGCCCUCUUCAGCGUGUGGCAGAAGUAUGUGGACGACUUGAUCGACAGCACCAUGAGCAGCAGCUCCGCGGCGUCAAGCCCAACGGCGUCGUCACCAACCGCCAGCCCGAGGAGCUCUAAUCUGUCGGUAGACGGCGUCGAAGUGAUGCCGACUAGACAGCGCGGCGACAGCACCAACUCCAGAUCGCGGGAUCACCACCCACUGCCUCUCAUCUUCGCCGACUCUGGCUGGGACAAGCUAAACACCACCAUCCUCUCGACCUCGAACUGCGGCAACCCUUCGCUCCGCCACUUUGGCUUUGGGCCAACAUCUGGCAAUGGCUUUGGCAUUGGCUACAUCAUCAAAGACGACAGCAUCUCCAUCUGCGUGGCGAGCAAACACCGACAGACGAAGCGCUUCGUCGACGCCCUGGAGAGCUACCUCUUGGAAAUCCGCCGCAUCCUGCGCAUCACAAACAGCAAGACCGUCAUCGCAAAGGGAAGCAAAGCGCGCGAGGCAGAACUAGCUCGGCCGAAGCCGUCGAACCGGCUCAAGUCUCGAGGCAGAUUGAUCACUGGGUCAGAAAAGGCGGGAGGCAGGCGGCCGAGUCUGGCUCCGCGGUCGCCCACCGAGAAUAGCUUUACCAGCGACGAUGAUGAACUGGGAGGAUACGGCUUCUUUGACGCUGGAAUGCUUUUCCAGGCCCUCAAAGCCCGCGGCAACACUACCGAGGACGAGACGAAGGCGUCUGAGCGAGCAGCUGCCAACGCAAGGAGGCGAGACGUUGGCAAAAAACUGCGUCUAGUAACUGAAUGA